GAGAAAGAGGAGCAGCGACCGAGUCGACGCCACAGGGUUCGACAGAGAGAACGAGAGAGGGAGCAGAGAGAAAGCCGGCACUGGAGAUUGAUCGAUUGAUUCAUUCAUUCGCUGGUUGAUUUGAAGGGAGGAAUUGGAGGCCCAGACGGGCAGAGGUUGGGGGAGGAAGAGAACAUUGGAGAGUGAAGAGAGAAAGAGAGAGAGAGAAAGAGGAAGAUUCUCAAUUUUCGAAAAAGAAAGAAGCACCGGACUGUGCGCAGCAGAGUUCAUUGGGACUCUGGUGUGUCGGAUUGAUGUCAAGAAGCGAAGAUUGUGCACGACUCGAGUCUGUUGCGAAAGGAAGCUGCGGAGAGCAGGGGAUAAAAGCUUCAUGAUCGGUGCAUCGAACCCGUAAUUGCUCCGGACACUCCAUGAUCCCCUCCAACCAUGGCUCUCUCCCUGCGUCAGAAGCAGCUGGAUGCCGUGGUUCGAAUGCUAAAUUUGAAUCAUCCAGUGGUGAGUGGGGGCACAGCAGAUGAGGAAGUGUACAAAGUUUUGAUACUCGACCGGUUUUGCCGAGACAUUCUCUCGCCUUUGAUUAAGGUCAAUGACCUUCGUAAGCAUGGAAUCACAUUGUAUCUUAUGAUCGAUAACGAGCGACAAAACAUUCCAGAUGUUCCAGCGAUCUACUUUGUGCAGGCAACCGCUAGUAACAUCCAAAGGAUUACCUUGGAUGCAGCGCGAGGCAUCUAUCAGAGUUUUCAUCUCAACUUCGCUUCCUCCCUUCCUCGACCACUUUUGGAAGAGCUUGCCGGAGGCACUCUUAAACAGGACUGUUUGCAUCGUAUAGCAAAGGUCUAUGAUCAGUACCUUGAGUUUGUCACUCUCGAAAAUGGGUUGUUUUCUCUGUCUCAGCCCGACACUUACGUUCGGCUCAAUGACCCUUCAGCUGAAGAGAAAGAUGUGCUUUCUGUGGUCGACGGGAUUGUGAACGGACUUUUUUCCGUUCUUGCCACAGUGGGUGUUGUUCCCAUCAUACGGUGUGCCAGAGGUGGACCGGCAGAGAUGGUGGCUACUCUUUUAGAUACAAGACUUAGGGAUCAUUUAGUUUCAAGAAACAAUUUGUUCACCGAAGGAGGUCACAUCGGUAGUUCCUUUCAACGACCAGUUUUGUGUCUAUUUGACAGAAAUUUUGAGUUAUCCGUGGCAGUGCAACAUGUGUGGAGCUACCGACCCCUGGUGCAUGAUGUUCUGGGAAUGAAGUUGAAUCGCGUGACAGCUCAUCCUGAACCUGGUACUUCUGGAGGGAAGGUGAAAUCGGCAGCGAAGUCAUAUGAACUUGAUGAUUCAGAUUCAUUCUGGGUUGCAAACUGGAAUGCCCCGUUUCCGAAAGUUGCAGAGGAGGUUCAGAUCCAACUUGACAAGUAUAAACAGGACGUGGAUGAGGUAAAUCGGAGGACGGGGGUUGGAAAAGAAAGCGAUUUCAGCGAUGAAGAACUGAUGGGGAACACUAAGCAUUUGAUGAGUGCAGUUAACUCUCUGCCCGAGCUCACGGAGAGAAAGAGAAUGAUUGACAAGCACACAAAUCUAGCCACUUCCUUGUUAGGUGAAAUUAAGUCGAGGCAUCUUGAUAACUUUUGCUCCACAGAAGAGGACAUGUUGGCUCGUGGAAGUGUUGAUAAGAGUGGUGUUUUGGCAGCUCUGAAAGGGAAAGGCACUAAAGAGGACAAGCUAAGGCUAGCUAUCGUUUAUCUGUUGGCAGCAGAGACCACUGUCCCUGCCGAGGUGGAGGCCGUUGAGGCAGCGCUUAGAGAAGCAGAAAUCGACAUCGCUCCCUUUCUGUACGUGAAGAGGCACAAAUCUAUCACAUUUUCUCCUGUAUCUGCAGCAGCAGCACAGGCAGGUAGCAGGAGCCAGUUCGCUGACUGGAGUGAAAAGUUUUACGGUCAAGCCAUUAGUGCCGUUACAGCUGGAGUGAAGAAUCUUCUUUCCGGCGGAAGGCAGCUGGCUAUCACAAGAGCAGUGGAAACACUGAUGGAAGCGAAAGUGGCCUCUGAUGCCGAUUCUUACCUUUUGUUUGAUCCGAGAGGGCCCAAGGGCAUGGGCUCGGCCAUGGGCCACUCGAAGGGACCUUUUAAAGAAGCAAUUGUUUUCAUGAUAGGCGGUGGUAAUUACUACGAGUACAGCAGUCUUCAGGAGUUUGCACAGCGACAACAACCAGCCAAAAACAUUAUCUAUGGCACAACAGAGAUUCUAUCGGGCCAGGAAUUUGUUGAACAACUUGCAGUUCUUGGUAGCAAAAUGAAUUGAGGCGGGCGAGGUGGUGGUCUCGGUCCCUCCUGGAGUGUUUCAUCAUAAGUUCCUUCUUCUCUAUGACUCUGCUUAUUUCUCCUUUUUUCUCAUGACGAGCAUUUUUUUGAGCUAAAUUUAGUAUACUUCUUAGGUUCGUUUCCUGCCCCACUUCAUCUUUUCAUCGUGAAAGGAAAUAUUGCAAGGUGUAGAUGUUAUCCCCGAGAGAUACGUUAGCAGAACAUUUUAUUUCGCAGAAAGUCAUAAGAAUGUUUUGAUGUCCACAGAAGGAAAAAGCACCUUUGUUAAGGCACACUCGAGUUUUCCCCUCACCUCAUGCUUUCUUACAGCUCGUAGCUGCCAGUUCAUGUUUAAUACUUCCCAUGGUCCCUAUGAUUGAGAAGCUUUUACUAGUGCCAGUCUGAAACGGGCCGCAUAACAAAAUGCAAGUGAGACAUUUCACGCUAAGAGAUCUUCUUGGUCAUAGUAAGUCAUCUGGAAGAACCAGACAAGCAGUACUUACUUUCAGUAUCAGAAGACGAGUUCAGGACGGACAAGACAAGCUGUCGUUUUAUCCUUUGAGCCUCCACGAUAUGGAUCCGUAGUUAGAGAAAUUGGUAACGUUAUCUACUCGAGGUAAAAUGCAAAGUUGCUCUUUGACAAAUGGUUGUACAUGUUCCACUUCUCCUCAUUUUAUAUACUCACAUCGCGAGGUUACUUG